AUGGCAUACACAAAUAAAGAACAAGCAAGUGAACGCGCGAACAAUUACCGCAUUACACUUCAUAAAGAUGGAAAAUGGUAUGCAGUUGAUGUGCAUGAUGGCAGAAGAGAUUCUUUUUCUUCCCAAGCAGAAGCGUGGGAACAAGUUAAAAAAUGGGCCCAUGAAGGAGAAGGCAAAAGUGCGCAUGUGUGGAUUCACGAAAUUUGGGAAACUACAUCUUUUCGUAGUGAAUUACAAGAGGACAAUAAUAACUACUAUGUUAAGGCUGAAUUACCAGGUAUUUCUAAAGAAAAAAUUGAUAUUGAAUUAGUUAAUAAUCAGUUACGAAUUCAUGCUGAAAAGGAAGAGGAAAAAGAAACAAUUAAUAAAAAAUAUCACUUUUCGGAAAUUAGUUAUGGUUCCUUUACUCGAACUUAUAAUUUACCUCGGGCUGUUAAUAGUCAAGGCAUUAGAGCUGAUUAUAAAGAAGGGAUGUUAGUUAUUACUGUUCCUAAAUCUGAAGAAAGUAAGGGAAAGAAAAUUAAGAUAAGUUAA